GGUCGACGGGUAGCCAGGCUUGAAAGUGUGACCGCAGUUGUCAGCUCGUCCGGAGAGGCGUCGCGAUGGAGCCCCGGGCGCGCGCUGUCCUGGCGGUGCUGCUGCUGCUCGCGGCGCAGGUGACCAUGGCAACCGGGGAGACCCGGUGUAACCCGGGCGAGUAUGAGGUUACCAGCCUUUGCCGCUGCAGCAAACUCUGCCCGGCUGGCUACUACGUCAGCAAAUACAUAGACCAGGACCACAGCGUUGGAGAAUGCAGGGAGUGCGAGUCUGGAACCUUCCGGGCCCACCCCAGUGAGGAGAGCAGCUGUGUGCCGUGUUCCCAGUGCCGGGAGGAUCAGGAGGUGGUGACUGAAUGCUUCCCAACUAGCGACCGGCUAUGCCAGUGCAAGCAGGGCAACUUCUACUGCGACUCUGUGGACUGCACAGAGAGCUGCUUCCGGUGCAAAAGGUGUGAAGACAGCACCAUCCUUCACCCCUGCAACGCCACAAGGGAUACAGUUUGUGCCGUAAAAAUUCAUCCAGAGGCUGGUAAGGUCUGAUUCUGUCUCUUAAAUCCAUAAAAGUAAAAAGUUGAGGCUCUGUGGGCCCUAAGGUCCCUGUUGUCACAAUUUAACUCUGCUGCUGUUGCUUGGCUGUGUGUGAAUAAAACUUUAUUUAUAGCAGUGGGCAGGACUUGGCCCAUGGGUCACCGUUCAUACACUCCUGUCUUGAGUAAGCAAAUAGAAUCCUUGGGGACAAGCGGUGGCUCUGCCAUCCUUGUCCCCAUGUUGGGGCCGUGUCGGCUCAGGCACUAUUUUUUUUUUUUUUUUUUUUUGCGGUACGCGGGCCUCUCACUGUCGCGGCCUCUCCCGUUGCGGAGCACAGGCUCCGGACGUGCAGGCUCAGCGGCCACGGCUCACAGGCCCAGCCGCUCCGCAGCACGUGGGAUCCUCCCGGACUGGGGCACGAACCCGCGUCCCCUGCAUCGGCAGGCAGACUCUCAACCACUGCACCACCAGGGAAGCCCCAUUCUUUUUUUUAUUAUUGAAGUAUAGUUGAUUUAGAAUAUUGUGUUAGUUUCUGGUGUACAGCAGUGAUUCAGUUUUACAUAUAUAUAUACAUACACAUAUUCCUUUUCACAUUCUUUUCCAUUAUGGUUUAUCCCAGGAUACUGAAUAUAGUUCCCUGUGCUAUACGGUAGGACCUUGUUGUUGGUCUGUUUUAUAUAUAGUAGUG